CGUCUAUGUCUGCCACCACGAUUGGUGGCAUGGCCACUAGCCAUGCUAUAAAAACCUCUCUCUCGUCAGCGUCUGGUGUACCUCAAUUUCAUCCCAACUUUAACUGAUUUCACGUCCAUUUCUUGGAGAUAGCUCACCCAGUUUAUUCCUCCAAUAGUAUGAACAAGCUCCCUUUGAGUAGCCUUACAAACUUACCACUAGAUAUUGCUGAACGCGGCAAGAAUCAUGAAUUUGCAAAUGCAACGAGUUACCCAAGGUCUCUGGGACGGUUAAAUAUCCCAUACCCCGCAGCCCUAUCUAAGGCUUCAACCCAUUCACUACCUACUGAAUUACUCCUCGGGAUUUUCAAAAUGCUCCACGACGAUUAUUACCUGACUUGUUUCGAGCAAGGGGAUUAUCAGACUCCUUCUUCUUACAUGUACAUUCUCACUCACGUAUGUACCCGCUGGCGGGACAUACUGUCAUCAACCUCGGAAUUCUGGAUCAAAUUUGUCGCGGUGGUCGAUUCUCCUCCAACGCCUCUUUCUGUGGUCUCAUCUCUCCUUGCGUGGUCCCGUGGUCGUCUGUUUGAUCUCAAAAUAACAAAAAGGAAAAACACAUUCAAGGGUGAAGACCCGUCCGAGAAAACCCGAGUCAAGGCCAUACUUGAGCUUUUGCUUCCACGCCUUUACCGCUGCAACCAGCUUGAUAUCUCCGUUAUCAAGAGCUCCUCGCUUCCCAAAAUCGGGUACGAUCUAUACGGCCUAGCAAGUCAACUCAGAUGUCUUUCCUUGAAAUGCCGCGAGGAUGACGAAGCGGGGACGAAUUACGACCCAUGUGUGCACCCAAAAUUUAUGUGCCCUGUUCUCUGUUACCUAGAUAUCGAUGGGCGUAAUUUCCGUAUCGCGUGCAUGGAAAACUCUGUUUGGUUCCAUUCUGCUCUUGAAAUUGCCAUCUCAACUAUUGGAUUCGAAAAGUAUAGUCGUGACAACUUGUCAAUCGUUCGUGCGCUCGAUGCACUUCAAAACGUUACAUUUCUCGAAUCCCUUACCCUCAACAAUGUGGAGAUGGUUUGCGACUGGGACGAGGACCUUGAACCCCCUUUAUUUGAAUUCGAAGACUUGAAGACUAUGCAUCUGCACAACAUCAGCAACUCCGUUCUGUCCGGACUUCACCACUGCGUGCUCGCAGACCUUGGAACAGUACACAUAACCAAAGCUAUGUUAACUUUUCCAGAGCUACUCCCCGACUCACUCUCCCUCGAGCUUCGAAACGUCACAGCGGCGAAAGACGCCUACGAGGAUUUCUUCUUUUGGUACGGCUUCCACCUUACCCUCGGGUCCUCUUCCUUUGUCGACGACGCCUUUUUACACGAAAUGUCCAUUAUUGGAACCGAGGACCAAGACGGUAGAUUUAUGUGCCCGAUGCUCCAGUAUCUCUCCAUCGACGGUUGCACUGGUUUCUCUGUCGAAGCACUUAAAAACAUGGUAGCUGCGAGACGAAAGGCUGCAGAUGACUACGAUGCAGACCAACUCCAGCAGACCCUGCAUAGGGUCCCAAAGCCUGUACACGCGAUCAAGACUCUGGCAGUCGUUGGAUGGGGUCCUCGGCUAUUGCCAGAAGACGCGGUGUGGUUUAAGGAACAAGUGGGGAACUUCUAUUGGUGCACGGAGCAGCUGGAUGCAGCCUCGUGUUUGUGCGGUGGGUUGUGAGGAUGAUG